AUGUACGUGAAGAAGAAAUUUGAAGGAAAGUGUUUUAAGUGUGACAAGAAAGGACAUAAAAGUUCCGAUUGCUGGAUGAAAGCUGAAAUAUGGUGCAACAAGUGCAAGAGCAAGACACACAAUAUCAAGGAUUGCAGAGCAAGAAGAGACGGUGUAAAGAUGGCCGCUGAAACCGGCGAAGAGAACGCUAAAAUACAUUCAUUUGCAUUUACACUUAAGGAAAAUAAUUCUAAUGGAGGUAAGACCUCAAAUCUACUAGUAGAUACAGGGGCAACAAGUCAUAUAAUUAAUGAUAAAUCUAAAUUUGUAAAUUGUGAUGAGAAUUUCGACCCAAGUAAUCAUGUAAUAGAGUUAGCUGACGGAAGUAAAGCUAAUGUUGUUUUAGGUAAAGGUAACGCUAAAGUUAAAUUGUACGAUAUUAAUGGUAAUUUACAAGAUGUAAUGCUUAGUAACGCGCUGUAUAUUCCGUCUUAUCAGCAAAAUAUUUUCUCCGUUCCUGCUGCAAUAGAGAAGGGGGCUGCUGUUAGCUUAGAUAGGCAAGUUAGAGAGUACAGGGACCCCGAGGGAACAGUGUUUGGUAUCGAACAGGUAGGUAAAUUAUAUUACUUAAAUAGUAUAUCAUCUUCUCAAAAUAACGCAUCGUCCCUAAUGGAAUGGCACAAGAUAUUAGGGCAUUGUAAUUAUAAUGAUGUGCGCAAACUUGAGAGCGUGGUUAAAGGUAUGAAGAUAUUAUAGUAGAUGACAAAAAAAUCCUUUGUGAGGUAUGUACACAGGGUAAAAUGUGCCAACAUCGAAGUCGAGAGCCAAAUCAAAGGGCAAAAAAGUCCUCUUGAGUUCGUACACUGUGAUUUAGCUGGUCCAAUUGAGCCAGCAGCGAAGGAUGGUUUUAAAUAUGCCUUACCUUUUGUCGAUGAUUUCACUGGUACUAACUUAAUAUAUUUUCUUAAACAGAAGAGCGACACAGUGGAAGCUACUGAAAUGUUUUUGGCUGAUAUUGCACCCUUUGGAAAG